AAACGGCGAAUCGAAGAAACUCAACCCAAGUUCGACGACGCAACGUCAAGGCAACUCAGCGAGCCAGCCAGCCGAGCGCACCGCGAGCCAGCCAGCAGAGCAGCCGCAGCGGGUCAGCACAGAGCAGCCGCAGCCCAAGGACAACGCCGAGAACAAGUCUUUUGACGACCGGGUAAUAGGUGAGGUUGAAAGAAAUGUAGUUCCGAUCAAAAUCGGGCAGAGGGAAACAACAGUCCCUAUUAAAAAUGUUAAAAGACCUGAAAAGACUUCUGAAGAAUCUCGCGAGUUAAAGACGAUCAAACCCUUAGAAAAGCCUGAUCAAGAGCCUAGACCUUCGACGAGCAAUGAACAAUUAGAGCCUAGACCUUCAACUAGUAACAAUGAACCUGUAUCAUUAGAGCCUAGGCAGCCGUCAACGAGCAACAAUGAGCCGUUGAGGAAAAUAACCAACACUGUAGGUGAAAUUGGCUCUUCUCUCAUGAAUAAACAAUUUAUUUAUUAUUUUUCUCCAGAACAAAUCGACGCCACAGCUGUCAACGCGCAAUACUCGGCUUCGAUCAUGGAGUGUGCCAGUGCGAGUGACAGUGACUGUGACAGCGUGACGUUGGGUCCCGACGGCACCAUACGAGAGUGCGACAGUGACAGCGACGAAGCGCCGUGCGAGACGCAGCCUCUGUGGCGAGCGGGUGUAUACACAGCGGAAGAAGCAGUGUCAGAAGCGAGGUCGGCGCUAGUGUCACUGCAACAAGCCUACACGCGACAGCUGUCAAGAUUGAGGGUACUUUUACAAACGCACCGCGGAAACUACCUACGGGCUUUGAAGGCAGAAAAGGAGACUUACUGUAGCAUCAACGCUCAAGCCCGCAGCGGUCCUCUAACUGUGCGAGAGAGACGACAACUCCGCAAACUGAAGGCCUACGCGGCACAUCAUCGACGUCACGGAAUGGAUGCUGUACUAGCGAGGAAACUGACUCACAAGCGCGCUAAGCAAGGCACAGAGCCGUCCAACCGGCCGAUACCGUCCCAAAGUCGAUGUACUUACACAGAAGAGAGUGUGCGAUGCGGGAACCCUGUACUACCGGCUUCUAAGCACUGCCUCAAGCACAUCCUGCAUGAUUCCAACCAGGUGCUAUUCGUGCCUUGCUCGUCGGCCCGCGGCGUGGGCGCGUGUCGCGAGGCGGUGCCGCUGCUGCCCGCCGCGCCAUUGUGUAGAUACCACGCGCCCGUGCCGGCACACCAGGUGUUUCACAUGCGGAAAGACGAAUCUAAAGACGGCUCAGAGUCCGAGGUGACUUCGGACGCGUCCGAGCCGGGGCCGUCCGAACCAGUACUGUCCGAACCGAUACUGUCCGAAAUCCCUGCGCGUUCUGCGAUCACUUCCGCUGCGUUACAAGACAUCAUGUUCCAAUAAUAAUGGAAAUUGGACGUCAUCUUAAAGCAUAAACUGCAACAAGUGAAUUUGUGAACGGACAUUAAAGUGCUCAGUGAUAAAAAGUGUGACAAGUGGUGUUGGUUAAGUGGUAGGUAAUAGGUAUGUUGGAAUACAACGUCUUCUUUUUGAUUCCUGGAACUCUAGGGUAUUAAGACCACUUCAAAGUUCAAGGAAUCGAAUAGCAUAUUUUUCAGCCUUAUUUUUUCAUACAUACAAAACUCUGAUAAGUAUCUUCAAAAAUAUGCGUUUAGAAAUCCAUAUUCUUAGGACAUUUUGACUAGUUUUUAUUCAUAGAAUAUACCCCUAAAAUUUCAGGAAAUCAAAAGGAAUAUGUUGUAUAGUGAGUGUAGAAUGUAUGGAACAGUAACUGAAAGUAGAGGCCAGUUUUAUUGGUUCUUGAAUAAUGUUCUAAUAGGUAUAGCAUGUCAUAUUAUGACAAUAGUUGCUGGUUACAGGUAACUUUAUAUACCACUAGUUUUUGCCCUCGGUUUCACUCGGGUCAGUGUAAUCUUUAAACUCGAGAAUAAUUUAGCUUCGAUUGUUAUGUUUAGAGCUUACUCUUUUAUUCGUAAAAAAAACACUUGUCGUAGAAACGACAUGGACUUAAGAAUCUUUAGUGAUAUAAUUAACUUUAAACUAGAUUUUAAUACUGAAUUAAAAAUAAAUAUAAAUAAACCAAAGACCUACAGCUGUAUACUGUCUCUAUACUCAUGUGAUAACUCUAUUAUGUAUCAUUAUCAGAGAACAAUAUUGUAUGAUGUCCAAUCUGGACGAAAUAAAAAGCGCUUAUGUCCAAAUGCACUAAGUAUUACUGCUGAAAUGCCUUUCAUAGAUAUGUAAUGUAUGAUUGUAUUGAUAAUUCUAAGAAUUGAUCAAUGAAUCUGUGUAGUUUCUAUUUUCUAUCAUAUAAAUAUUGAUGUUUACUGAUGUUUUGAUCUGACAGUGAAAUAAAGAAAUAAAAGACGAUUUUAUAUCCCUAA